GAGUGUGUUUACAUGUGAGAGUGUGCGAGAGAGAGAGAGAGAGAGAGAGAGUGUGUGCAUUUCACACACCAGACACGGAAACCAGACCUCCAAACUCAGCAAAACAGCAGGAGGACCAUAAGCUGCUGCCAAGAACACUAUAAUGAUACUUUGUGUUGUGGAUUUCAAAGUGUCUGGAUUAUCAAAUCACUGGAUUAUAACAGAUAGGACCUGGCGGUCAUGGAGAAUGUGAGUGCUGUGUCAGUGCUGGCUAACCAAUCACAGCAGACCAUCUCCUCCCCGCACUCCUCUAAUUUGUCAGCGGAGUACAGUGAUGCACACCUAGUGUUGCUAGGCACUGCCAUGGCCAUUCUGGUGUUGGCCAUAGUCUUCGGCAACGUGUUGGUAAUCACCGCCAUCCUGCGGUUUCAGCGACUCCAGACCGUCACCAAUCUUUUCAUCACCUCACUGGCCGCUGCUGACCUCAUCAUGGGCGUGGUUGUGGUCCCCUUCGGCUCCACCUACAUCCUGCUGGGUGCCUGGCAGUUUGGAAGCCUCAUGUGUGAGCUGUGGAUAGCAGCUGACGUGUUGUGUGUGACAGCCAGCAUCGAGACGUUGUGUGUGAUUGCUCUGGACCGUUACCUCGCCAUCACCUCGCCGCUCCGCUACCCAACACUGCUCACCAAGUGUCGGGCCUUCGGGGUGGUCCUUGGUGUUUGGGCUGUGGCCUUCCUCAUCUCCUUUCUGCCCAUCCACAUGGAGUGGUGGGUUUCUGAUGAGAAAGAGGCCAUCCGCUGCUCGGAAGAUCCAUACUGCUGCGAUUUCAACACCAAUGUAGCGUACGCUGUGUUUUCCUCAAUGGUGUCGUUCUACUUCCCACUGGUGGUGAUGGUUUUCCUGUACACCCGGGUGUUUCAGGAGGCCCGAAAACAGCUGGAGAAGAUCAGAGGGAGGGAGAGGCACUUUUAUCACUUACAUUGCACCACACAGCUAUCCAAUCCCAGUGACAGCCCUACAAUGGAUUCACUUAGGACUGGCGCUGUGGUGGGAGGACAACGGGGAGAGGAGAGACUACAUAUGCAGAACAAAGAAGGCAGUGGAUGGGAAGAAGGAGAGGCAGUAAAGGAAGGAGGAAUCAGAAAGAACAGACAGAAUGGAAAAGCAAAGAGCAAACAAAAUGAAGGAGAGAACAGAGAGAGGACAGAGAAAGGAGAAGGUAAACACUCUGCAACAAAGCGUCAUAAGUUCUGUCUGAAGGAGCACAAGGCUGUGAAAACUCUGGGUAUCAUUAUGGGAACCUUCACACUUUGCUGGCUGCCUUUCUUCAUCCUCAACAUCCUGAUGACCUUCCUCAGGCUGGAUGAUGUGAAGCUGCUGUUCAGACUCCUCAACUGGCUGGGCUACUCCAACUCAGCCUUCAACCCGCUCAUCUACUGCCGCAGCCCUGACUUCAGACACGCCUUUCAGGAGAUACUCUGUCUGAGGGCCGAUGGGCAAUGGGGAGGGAGGAGACGAUGGGGUUGGUGGGGAUGGAGAAUCCUCCACUGCAAGGAGAGGAAGGGUGUGAAGGGGGUUCGUGGGCUGGAUGUUCACCAGAGGUGGAGGUGGAAGGGCAGUCUGGAAGGCUCCCCCCGACACAACUCGCUCCCCCUGGCUCCUGCCAAUCCACUGUCCGAGGAGCGGGUUUUAGAAGUAGCUCCAGGCUCUCUGACUGACUGCCAAGGCAAUAGUUCCACCAGGGGAAGCUGUGAGGAAACCCUGGCCUCUAUUGUUUGACCAAUUAGAAUAAUAGAAUGUAAUGAAUACCACUGGAUACCAGACAGGUGACAUUAUAAUGGAAUGUAUAUUACUUUGAUUGCUACUGGAACUAUCUAAGAAGUAGCAGUAGCAGGAAAAUGUCACAAUGAAGACAUGCAUGUUUAUCCAAUGCAUUACAACACCACAGUCACAACUGUCACCUCUACAUUGGAAGUUUUCAGCUAGUCAAUAAGUGUUCUGAUGAAAUAAUGGGGAAAGCUGUAUUCAAAAGAUGAUGCACAUUCCAAAACUUGCUUUGAUUGCAUGCAGUCAAGAAGGAACAUCCAAAAAGUGGGUGUUCAUCUUGAAGUGAAAAGCUUGCUGGUUCAACAGGCUGGGAAUAAACAAAAAGAGUAACAUGCUGCCCUUCUUUAUCACAGCUACAGUUUAAAUGCCCUUGAGCAGCGCAUUUGACCUCAAACACUUUGCUACUGAAUGUGUUGAUGGAUACUGAUGAAAAAAGAGCUGUGCUUUUAAUAGAGUGUGUUUUGGCACUGGUACAGACUUGGUUUUAACAUCUGUUUCGGGUGAUCUGAUCAUAUGUGAUCAACUGAGAUAGAUUGCUCUUCACACAUGGCAUUAUUUGUGUCAAAGGCAUCUCCAGCGAUGACUUGUGACCGGAUUUUUGACUGACCUCAGAUUUUACAUAAAUACUUCUUCCCUUUAUUUAUUACUUUGAUUCCUCUGUACCUUACUUCAACUCCCUCCUGUCCUUUCUUACCCCACACUUCUACUGAAUAUUCCAUGUCGUCACAUUCUUCC